AUUGUUCAGCUAUAACUUGUUCCUGGAACACAAAGUUUAUGGAACUAAUUUGUUCUAACUGGGUCCGUGUGGACAAGGCCGUAGAAUCUCCAGUGCUAAUUUUUAUUUUAGAGAGGAAACUAUUGAGUGUAUUUUCUGCAAUUUUACAUUUUCAGUACUGAAAAAUCGCAAAGAAUAUUCAGUGGAAGUUCCAACAAAUUGCAUAUGUUUGCUUGACUUAAAAUGGAUGAAACGUUAGCGGAGCUUUUGAGGCAUUGCAACUAAGAAAUGCCCUUUCUGCACCCAGUGCUUCAAUUACUGUUUCCUCAAUGACCUGAAUGAAGGUCAACUUCAGAUGGGGCUAAGUCAACUAUUUUUCUCUAUGGCCAAAGCCCCAUCACAGGGCAAAAAACCGGAAAGGAAAAAAAAAUUGGAUGGAGAAUCACCUUGAAUUAAUUUUAGGCAUUUGAAUAGAUAAAAAAAAAUAAGUUUCAGGCCACUCAAAUCGGAGUGGAGAAGAAAGGCACUGCAAUUGAAAAAUCCUCUGAGUUGAUGCAUUCUGUUUCUAUCAGAAGGAAUUGAACAUAUGAUUGAAUUGAGGUAAUUUACAUCUUCAACAUUGUGGUUAUGCUGUCAUAAAAUUCAAGCUUAGAAUAAUCUACAGUCCUCAGCUUUUUCUUGUAACAAUGCUAAACCCAUGUUUAGCCAAGCAAAUAUAUGAAGCCAUUUAUCACCUCAUCCCUGAAGAGGAACGAUUGAAGGAACUUUUUUUGGGAUGGACUGUACUGGAUGCUGAAGAAAAAGAAAUGAUCGAUGACCUUAUUAUUCAGUCAGACAAGUUACAAUUUUACAAACCUCUGAUGGAUGCACUGCGACAGUGGGAGCUUGUGCAAGACACCCAAGGUGCUCCAGGUUGCAGGCGUGGCUUGGUUUCAUUCCCUUGUGACCCGCAAGUUAAAAAAGAACUUACUCGGGUCAUUUUCACUUUGGAAAACAUACUAGAGAAAAUCCAUCAAGAAAACAGAGCUGUCGUUUCGUCAGAAAAUGUAUGCUGUUCCUCUUCUGUUGCCAACGAUUCUGACAUCAUGAUCCCUGAAAGAACUCAAAGUGAUGGAGUUAUAGUGGAAGAAAUUCACCAUCAGCUCAUUAGCUGCCACAACAGGGUUAUGUUGCGAUCUUUUUCUUUGGAUGGUCUAUGUUCUUAUAAACGUUAAGUGUCACGAUGAAAUCUGAAACUUCAUGCCCAUAAUCUAAGCAUCCUGAGAGUGGCAUCCCAGUUAAAAAUUGAAUUCUUAAUGGAAAUAGUUGAAAUCAAUAUGAUAUUUUGUGGUCAAAUUAAUAGAGAUAAGACUAGACAAAUCUGAAAAGAAAUCAGGGUAAGUUCUAAAUCUAAAAUUUUCAACUCGAGCAAGCGAUCUUUAAAAUAAGCGGUAGUGUUUUGAAGAUUCUCUGGCUGCAAGAUAGUGAUUGAGCAAUCAUAUGAUGAAUCAAUUGAAUCUAGUAUAAAGAGGGAUUUAAAUGGAGAUCAAUUUUACGUUCGAAAAGAAAGAAUUUGCUUUGUUCAAUGUAAGAAAAAAAUUUUAAUAUUCCAUUUGGAAUAAAAAGACAAUUUUGUAUAAAACAUCUGACUUUAAAAAUUCAUUUAGAUAGUUUACAAAAAAAUGUGUUUUUGCAUUAAACUGAAGACUGAUUUGAAAUAGAUUGUUUGUGA